UCUUCAUCAUCAUCAUGGCUAAAUCUGAAACUUGUCUCAUCAACUUGCGUUACCAGGAUGGCAGCGAGGGAAGCCCCUCCAACCCUGCCAAGUUCAGAAAUCAAGACUUUGCCCAGAUAAAAGCUGACUGCCUCCGCAAAGGAGAACUGUUUGUGGACAAUGCGUUCCCACCUAACAGUAAUUCUUUGGGUGACGUGUCUGGUUUGAGUGAAGUGAAAUGGCUUCGACCUGCAGAUUUACUGAGAGAACAAGGAAACAAUGAUAAGCCUGCUUACUGUACAGAUGGUAUGUCACGAUUUGACUUUGCACAAGGCUCAUUGGGUAACUGCUGGUUUUUGUCUGCAAUGUCUGCACUGACCUUCCAAAAAAACCUGAUGGAACAAGUUGUGCCAAUGGACCAGUCCUUUGAGGAUUAUGCAGGAAUAUUUCACUUCAGGUUCUGGAGGUUUGGAAAGUGGGUAGAUGUUGUCAUUGAUGAUUAUCUGCCAACGAUCAACAAACAGUUUCUGUCUGUGUCCUCAAAAUGUCAAAAUGAGUUCUGGGCUCCUCUGCUGGAGAAGGCAUAUGCCAAAGUUUGCGGUUCAUACGCAGACAUGCAUGGUGGGUCAUCAUCGGAUGCCUUCAAAGAUUUCACUGGAGGUUUGUACCACUGUCACGAUUUCAAGAAACCCAAUGCACCGAGCCAUGAUGAGCUUUGGCUGACACUAAGCAGAGCCACUGAGUGCAAAUCAUUGAUUUGCUCUAUGACUGGGGAAGAGGCAGAUAAAUUGGCCAACACUGGACUGGCAGAUGGGCAUGGCUAUUCUGUCACAGGCAUCACUGAGGUGAAGUUAAACGACUCCAAAGUAAGACUGGUGCGAGUCAUGAAUCCAUGGGGCGCAGGGGAGUGGAACGGAAAAUGGAGCGACAAGUCAGAUAUGUGGGACAAAGUAGAGCCAGAAGUUCGAAAAAUGUGUUUCGACCGUGACGAUGGGGAGUUCUGGAUGGAGUUUGAAGACUUCUGUUCCCAUUUUCGGGAGGUAACCAUCUGCUCUGAGACCCCUAACUUUCUUGAUGGUGACUUUAAAUGUCAGUGGAAAUGCAUGAUUUAUGACGGCAGCUGGGUAGCAGGGAUCUCUGCAGGUGGCAAGUGGGAUGAACCCACCUUUGCAACAAACCCUCAGUAUCGCAUCCAGGUGAGCGUUAUUGACAAGGAGGAGCCAGAAGACAAAAAUGUCUUGGUCUCCCUGAUGCAGAAACCUCUUCAGGAGCAUCGCAGACAGAUGAAAAUCGAAGAGGUUGUAGUUCUCAUCUAUAAGGUACCACCAGGGACCCCACAAGGACGCCUGGGAUCUGAGUUCUUUAACACCAAUAGUACUGUAAAGCGACCAACCCGUUAUCAAGGUUUCAUAGAGGUGAUUCAACUCUACAGUCUGGAACCUGGAGAGUAUGUGAUCGUCCCGUUCACAUAUGAACCCAACAUCACUGCAGACUUUGUUCUUACUGUCUACACCAAAGCUGAUGCCAAGAUCAGGUAA